AGAAAAGAGAAAGCAGCGGUUUGGAUUCAUCCAGGACUAGAUACAACUAAAAGACAUUGGAGCAAAGGAAUUUGAGGCUUGAACUGAAACAUUGGCUCUUCCUGGGUCUUGAGCCUGCCAGCCUUUGGACUAAAGCUACACCAUUAUCUCUCCUGGUUCUCAAGCCUUUGGACUAGACUUGGACUUACACUGUCAGUCCUCUUGGAUCUCCAGCUUUCCUACUCACCUUGCAGAACUUGGGUAUUGCCCACCUCCAUAGUCAUAUGGAAAAUUCAGAUUCUGACGAAGAAGAUGGAUCCGUGGCCCGGAGCAGAAGUCAGAUGGACCGAUUGGUCCGGGAAGAAAACUUCUAUGAAUUUGUAAAUAACCUGAGUGAAGAAGAUUACAAGCUUAUGAGGGAUAACGAUUUAUUAGGCAUCCCUGGUGAAAGUACACUAGAAGAGUUGUUGAAGAGACUUCAACAAAUUAAAGAAAACCCACCGGAAAACUCGGAGGAAAAUACAGGUGGAGGAAAGUCUUCCGAUAAUAGUGGUGAGUAUCUAUUAGGCUGGCUGAACACUUUUGGACAAACUGAAUAUGUGACAAGUGGGCAAAGAGAAAACCAAUCUUGGGAAGAAAUAAUCCAGAUUAAUUCAGAUAGUAAUGACUCCACAUUCAGUUUAGAAGUAAAUUCUAACCCUAAUAAUGGGAGCCCAAAUCCAGAGAAUGAAUAUGUAGCAUCUACAAGAUCUCCCAGAACAUACAACAUGGAAAACAGCCAAAGUCAAGCAGAAAACACACAAUCUGAAUCAACAUUUAUAAGAUCACCUGGAUCAGAACAAAGUACAACUGAAGCAUUAAUACAAGUCCCAGUUACCAGAGGUCGGCGAAGAGAAAGAAGCAGUAGCCCUGAUCAUCGGAGAACCAGAGCAAGAACUGAAAGUAGUCCGGCUCCAAACAGAAUGAGUGAACUUUUACGAAGAUUUCAUUAUAGUAUAACAUCUCCAACUUUUGAGCAGCCUCUGGUAAAUGAGACUGAGAGAUUUUCUAGGAUUCAGCACCAAGAAACAUCAAGACAGCAAAUAACUGGACUUGAGCUGCAAAAUAGGGGUCUUGCUGCAACUUCUGGAUCAAGCAGUGCACUUCAAGAAGAAAAUUUUCCAGGCACAACCAAUGAUGGUGAAUCUCAGGGACUGGGACAGAUAAAUCCAACCAUACACUUCGAUUGUGAAGUCGGACAAGUUCAUCCUAGGGCGUACUCUCAAAGAGACAGCACAGCUACCAGAAUUCAGUUAACAUCUGAGACGCCAAACAACACUCUCACUUUAGAAAGUGAACAAGGAGGACGCAGGGAUAUGUUUCCACAUUCUGAGCAGGCAGAUGCAAGAGCUUAUGUCAGGAACGCCAGAAUUCCUUCUCUUCAUAUUAUUUUAACUACUGGUUUCAAUGAUAUACCACCUCCUGCAAUUCAGAGCACAUUAAGGCAGACAGUGACAGGAUCCAGUGGCUUAAGUGGUAACCUCAGGGCCAGUGACACUGAUUUAGUACACAGUGUCUCACCCCUAAGUCCAAACAUGGAAAGGGAAGAGUCACAAAAUGAAAGAGAUGCGUCUGAUGUUAGGACUCAUUCUGAUUGCAAUUCAAAUCCUAGUUCUGAUUUCUAUUCAAGUUCUACAUUGAUUUCUAGUUCAGGCUCCAAUUACCUGUCUAGUUCCAAUUCUACUCCUAUUUCCAGUUCCAGCUCCAGUGAUGAAUAUUCAGAAAUUAGCUCAGUAAUGUUUGAAGGCAGUAAUGACAUAAGCUUACCACCAGGCUCGUCAUCAGAAACCAGGCGAGAAAAUAGAUCUAUGAGCCCAAUAAUAUUUGAUGACAGUGACUCUUGGACCUCCCUUAAUCUGGACCAUUUUUUCCUCUUAAAUGAAGAUGAUCAUGACCAACAUACAGGACUUACCAAAGCACAGAUUGACAACUUGGCUAUAAGAUCUUUUGGUGAAGGUGGUGCAUUAAAAGCCUGUACCAUCUGCAUCACCGAGUACACAGAAGGCAACAAACUUCGCAUCCUACCUUGCACCCAUGAAUUUCAUGUCCACUGUAUCGAUCGCUGGCUGUCAGAGAACUCCACCUGUCCUAUUUGUCGUAGGGAAGUAGCAGGUUCUGCUGAGAGAGAAAAUUCUAAUUGAGAUCUGAAUUCUCAGCUAUAUAAAGUAUUAUAGUGAUGGUCAAACAGUAGUCACCUGCUUAUGUCCACUUCUGGAGUGAUGCUUAAAUACAGCAAUAUGAAUCUAAUCUAAAAUUUGAUCUAAAUGUAACAAUCAGAACUGAAUUAUAGGUUCUUGAAGGACUGAUUGGACUUUGUCCACUUUUUCUUCCAGAAUAAAAGGAAAUAUUUUUAAAAAACAAGCAAUAUUAUCCUAUCCGACAGCAAAAACAAAUUUCACACCAUAGUAGAUCACUUCAUCUUAAAAGAAACUUAACAGGUACACUCAGGUGGAAUGUUCCCAAUUCCAUGAGAGAAAUGUCUUAAUAUGAUAUAAUCAACUCAGAUGGAUCCUAGCAGUCUUAUCUAGUCAUGUAAAUCCCAGACAUCUCAUAGCCCUGUCUCAUCUUAGAUGUGCAUACAAAGAAACAGGAAUGCAACCAAAAUAAUUAAGAAGUUAAGAAUUUAUUAGAAUCACAUAAAAAAUUAAUGUUAUUCAAAGAAUGCUGUAAAAAGCUUUAAAAACUUUGUCUUCUAUCUCUCUUCCUAGCAGUUCAUAUCACUCACUAAUACUACCUUAAAGUUUCUCCCAUUUUCUACUACCAACGUAUCAGUUAAGGUCCUGGGCAAAAAUUGAUGGCAUACUUGAAAAUGGUGAUGGAAUAGCAUUUAGUGAAGAGACUAUUUACUAAAAGUGUAUAAAGAAUGAAAGGAAACCAAGAGAUGUUGAAGUACCCUAGGCUAGCAACUGUGAGAAGCCAGUAUUAUCACCACUAGGCUUCAAGGGGCAUAGAGAAGUAGUAGUUCCUGCAACCCAGACACAGUGUCCUGUAGUUGAAGAAAAAGGCCAUCCAACAAGAGCUGUGACCUUAGAUGAACAAAAGGCAGCCAGUGCCAAUCUAAAACUUGGAGUAAAGGGUCAUGGAAAUAAAUACAAAUACCCUUCCCUUUCUUUGCUGAUUUAUAAUAUCCUGUUGGUAGUUUACAUUAGCGAAACCCAACCUGAAGACAACCGUAAGAGAGACUGUUUGAUGAAGCUGAUAAAGGUCAGCCUCCUGGAAUCACAAAACAGGGCAGAGAAGGAUGGCCAGUGGAUCCAAAGAGCAGAUCAGAGACCAUCUACCACAACCAGCAUUCCCAAUUCUCUUCAAACUCUGCAUGCUUUCUUGCCUCUAACUCUUGCCCUCCAUUUUGCUCUUUGACUUCGCUCUUUAACAAUCCUUUUUUAAUUUUCCUUUCAUCUACUCAGAGCUGACACCAUAAAGGAGAGAACAAGUACAUUUUAUCUUUAGAAGUGAUGAGAUGAUGAGAUGACAACCCCAUAGAAGUUAAUUACAUUGCUUUUAAACACGUCACACUUUGGUUUGCUGUGAUUGUAAACUACUAAGCAAAGAAGCCAGUAUAGGUAUUUCUUCAAGUUUUGCUAUAUAAAUAUAUUCAGGUUUCAAUUUCUUUUUAUUUAUAAGUUUAG